AUGAACAAUAAUACCUGUGAUUAUCAUCCUGAACAAAGAAUUACAAUUAUGUGUUUAUUUAAUUCAUGUUCAGAGGAUCGACUUGGUUGUUAGAAAUGUCUUCUCUCCUUACAUAAAUCGCAUAUAAAAAGUUGUGUGUUGAUUUCAGAAAUCUAAAAGAAAUAAAAUUGUGUAGAAAUGUUUGCAAAUACUCAAAAUGAAUAAUAAAUUAUCAAAUUUUCUGAGGAUGAAUUAGUACAUAAAGAAAAACUCAAUAUGAUUUCAAAUCAAUUACAAUAAUCAUUAAAAAGUUCUUUUUAAUAUAUAUCAAACCUUUAGGCUAUUUAAAGUAAAUCAAAUUGAAGUUAUUGGAAUAGGAAUCAAAACAAAAAACUAUUCAAAUGAAACAUAAUAAAGAAAUCUUAAAUUCAUACUUCAAUUCCUAUGAAUUUGAAAAGUUAAAAGAGUAAUUAGGAAAAUUUAAUAGGGGAGAAUCAAGUGAAGAAUAGGUAUGAAAAUAAUGUGAAAUUAGAUAAAUGAUUUCAUAUCUCAGAUAAUUAAGGAUAGAUAAAACUUACAGAAUGUUUGCUAAAAUUAAUCAACAUAAGGAUCAAAAUAAGAUGGAUUACCUCAGGAAUUUAAAGAUAUGGUAGUAAGUGAAAUUUGCAAUUCAUUAGAGUCGAUAAAAAACUUCAUGAGAAAAGAUGAUUGUAAUAAUAAGAUUAUCUAUAUCUUUUAGCCAUCUUUUUCUAUAAAUCAUUGCUUUCUUAGGAAGAAGAUGCUAAUAUUUAGGAGAUCAUAAAAGGAAAAUAGUUUAUAUUUAAUGAUCAAGAUGAAGUAUAAUUGAUUUAUGGAUCAUGCACACUUUCUAAGGGAAUCUAUGAAUUUUAAAUAGCAAUCGAAUACAUAUAAAAUGAAUAAUCGAAACAAGAAGAAUAAUAAGAAGGAUUGGCAUCAAUAGUGAAUAAUUCUCCUUAAUUGUAUAAUCCAUACUCUUAACAUACCAUUGGUGGUCAUAUUAGCAAUUCUGGAAUAUUUUAAUAAUAAGAAUAUCAACAUCUACAUAGAGUUUACAUAGGAGUUGUAGAAGAUUUGGUUAAAGAUCAAAUGGCCACAUAUUCAAUAAUGUAUCAAACACAAUAAUGUUGUGCUGUUGAUAUUGUGAGAGGAGCAGCUAUUGGAUCUUUUCAUAUGAAGCAAUAAUUGGGAGAGAAAAUAGAACCAAUUUAAACUUUGUUUCAUAAAAAUAUGAAGAAGGGAUUAGUGUUGGCUUUUAAGAUUAAUUUAGAUGAAAAGUAUUAUUGAUAAUUAGAAUAUUAGUAAAUUGAUAUUGACAGAUAGUGAAAAUAAAACUAGAUAUGAAGGAUAAUUAUAUAAUAUGACAGGAGAUAACAUUAAACCUUAUAUCUUGAUUUACAAGAGUAAUGUUAAAGUAACGAUAAAUUGAGUUUUAAAUUAUUUUUAUUUAAUUGAACAU